AGAGACAGAAGCGAACAGGGAAGUAGACGCAAAUACAUUUCUUGCGAAGGCGAGAGAGGGAGAAAGGAAUCGAUGGAGUCAUCGGCCUCCUAUUCGUCCCGCGGCGCCGCCAGCUUCUUCACCCAAGCCAAUGCUCUCCUCCGCAAGAACCUCACCUUCCAGAAACGGAACCUGAAGACCAACAUCGGGAUCGUCGCGUUCCCCAUCUUCCUCUGCGCGGUGAUCAUCCUCAUCCAGAAGGUGGUGGAGGAGGAGAUCAACAAGUACGGGCAUCGAUGCGGGUGCCAGGGAGGGGUCUGCGGCAUCCAGUACUCAUCGCUGGAUCAGUUCGACGCAUGCCCCAUCUCCAGCCCCUUCGAGUGGCCGGCGCUCCUCCAGGUUCCUCGCCCCGAGUCUCGCGUCGUGACAUCCGAUCACCCCACCCCCGCGGGCUUGCCCGAUGAGUCUUGCAAGGUCUCGCAGUCCUGUCCGGCGUCGGUACUUUUCACCGGCGGCAAUCAAUCCUUCGCACAAAUUCUGGCGCAGAGUCUGUUUCUGAGUUCUUCCUCCGCAUUGAACCUCUCGGAUUUCCCCAGCAGUUUGUCUACUGUCAUGCUUGGGACCGACACAUCAACGGGAAACACACAGUUCAUGGAGCCUGCUUUUGUCUCUGAUAAACCCUUAUAUCUGAUCCAACCUCAAUGUGCAUCAAAUGCAGCAAGUCCAAUUUCCUUUCUAAUUGCCAACAGAUCAAUUGAGCUAGAGUUACAAUGUGUUCAAGGAUUGACUUUGUGGCGUGAUAACUCGUCGUUGAUAAAUGAUGAGUUGUUUAAAGGUUACCAACAAGGAAAUUCAGAGAAGAAAAUUAAUGAGUUCAUUGCAGCCUAUGACUUCUUGAACUCUGAUGAAAACUCUUUUAAUCUAAAUAUUGGGUACAACUCAACGUAUAAUGAUGGCAAUGGUUACCUGGUGCGUGUACCUCGCUCAGUGAAUCUGGCCUCAAAUGCCUAUCUGAAGUUUCACAAUGGUCCUGGUGUCAUGGCAAUGCUUGAAUAUCUUAAAGAAAUGCCCAAAACUGGAACACAGUUGAGGUUUGACAUUUCUUCCCUUCUUGGUGCAUUAUUCUUCACCUGGAUCAUUGAGCUACUUUUCCCGGUUAUCUUGACAUACCUUGUCUAUGAGAGGCAACAAAAGUUAAAAAUUAUGAUGAAAAUGCAUGGGCUAAAAGAUGGACCUUACUGGUUGAUAUCUUACGUUUACUUUUUCUCACUAUCAUCACUCUACAUGAUAUGUUUUGUCAUAUUUGGCUCUCUAAUAGGGCUAAAAUUUUUCAGAUUGAAUGACUACAGCGUACAAAUCGUGUUCUAUUUCUUUUACAUAAACUUGCAGAUAGCGAUGGCCUUUCUCGCAUCAACUUUCUUUUCUGCUGUGAAAACUGCUACAGUCACUGGGUACAUUUAUGUGUUCGGUUCGGGCUUAUUAGGACCAUACCUUUUGCAAUUUUUCAUCGAAGAUACUAGCUUUCCAAGAGCUUGGAUUAUAGUAAUGGAGCUCGUUCCUGGAUUUUCCUUGUAUCGUGGGUUAUAUGAGCUUUCACAGUAUUCCUUUAAAGGAGAUCAAAUGGGGACUUCUGGUAUGCAAUGGCGAGAUUUAAAUGACAGGCAAAAUGGGAUGAAAGAUGUAUUGAUCAUAAUGUUUGUUGAGUGGCUAGUAUUUCUUCCAGUCGCAUAUUAUUUGGAUAAAGUAUUAGGAGGAAUCAGGAAGGAUCCACUAUUUUUGUUAAACUAUUUCCAGAAAAAAUCUCGAUCAUCUCAAAGAAAGCCUGGUUUGCAGCGACAAGGAUCUGAAGUUCUUGUUAAAAUAGAUAGUACUGAUGUUUCUCAGGAAUGUGAAGUUGUUGAGCAUCUGCUACUAGAACCUUAUAUUAGUCAUGCAGUCAUCUCUGAUAACCUCAAAAAGGUUUACCCAGGAUGUGAUGGAAAUCCAGACAAACAUGCAGUUCGAGGACUAUCUCUUGCUUUACCUAAUGGUGAAUGUUUUGGCAUGCUUGGCCCUAAUGGUGCUGGAAAAACUACCUUUAUCACUAUGAUGAUUGGUCUUAUUACACCUUCCUCUGGCACUGCAUAUGUUCAGGGAAUGGACAUAAGAACCAAUAUGGAUCAAAUAUACACAAGCAUGGGAGUAUGCCCACAGCAUGACUUGCUCUGGGAAACAUUGACUGGCAGAGAACACUUACUGUUUUAUGGCCGACUGAAGAACCUUAAGGGUGCUGCAUUGUUACAGGCUGUGGAGGAAUCUUUGAAGAGUGUGGAUUUGUUUUAUGGUGGUGUUGGAGAUAAACAAGUUGCGAAAUAUAGUGGUGGAAUGAAAAGGAGGCUUAGUGUUGCCAUUUCACUGAUUGGGGAUCCUAAGGUUGUCUACAUGGAUGAGCCGAGUACUGGACUAGAUCCUGCAUCACGAAACAGAUUAUGGAAUGUCGUGAAGCAUGCAAAAAGAGACCGGGCAAUCAUACUCACAACACACUCGAUGGAGGAAGCCGAGGUUUUAUGUGAUCGUCUUGGCAUCUUCGUUGAUGGAGGUUUCCAGUGCAUAGGAAAUGCAAAGGAGCUUAAGGCUCGGUAUGGUGGAUCUUAUGUCUUUACCAUGACGACAUCUGCGAACGAAGAAGAAGAGGUGGAAAACUUGGUUCGGCGACUAUCGCCAAAUGCAAACAAGAUCUAUCACAUAUCUGGAACCCAAAAGUUUGAGCUGCCAAAGCAGGAGGUCAGGAUAUCUGAUGUUUUCCGAGCCGUCGAGAUUGCAAAGAGUAAACUCACAAUCCAGGCAUGGGGUCUGGUUGAUGCCACAUUGGAGGAUGUGUUCAUCAAAGUUGCCAACAAUAUUUCAAUAAGCUUUCAUGAUUGAUAAAUACUG